AUGACGUCCGGCCACGGCGACGGCGACCGUGACGUUUACCGCCCACAGGACGCCCUGUACGCUGGCAUCAAGGGCACUGCGGUGGUGGGUGGUGCCGGGCUGUUCCUGUCUGCGAUCCAGAACUCGCUGCAGAAGCGCAAUGUCGGUGCUUGGGGUGUUUUCACACGCACGGGUGGUGUUGUAGCGUCGUUUGCUGCGGUCGGUGGUGUUUUCGAGUUUUCGCGGACGGCUAUGGCCAACUUGCGCCAAAAGAAUGAUGCUUACAACACAGCCGUGAGCGGUUUCCUGGCCGGUUCCGUGUUCGGCUUGUCUACUGGCAGGAUGCCACGGAUAAUUGGCAUGGGCGCGCUCACGGCCGUUGUCCUCGGUGUAUUUGACUUUACGGGUGGCAAGCUGACUGGCUGGGCCAAGGAAACGGAUGAGGACCGCUUCGAGCGGAAAGAGUACCUGCGCAAGAACCGGAGGCGGCCCGGCGAGGAGACGAUCGCACAGCUCGGUGACGGUCGCGGUGGCAUGAUCCACUCGCCCAACUACGACGAGCUGCGUGCCGACCGCCUGAAGGAGAAAUAUGGCUAUGAGAUCAAAACGGUCUCAGCUGACCCGAACGCCGCAUAA